UAGUUUUGCUGUGUACUGUAGUUUGUUGCAUUAAUGGAAGGUUUGAUUCCGUACAGAACCAUCAUGCUACUGUCAAGAUGUUCGUCAGGAAGCAGAUGGUCUUGUUUGAACAGGCUGCUCGGCUUCUCUUCAAAUACUAGUUUUCUAGGUGGACUUGACCUUGGUUACCAGAAGAGUAGUUUUCACGUAUGUUGUGUACAGUUGCCGACACACCUGGGAAAGAAUGCAGGAAAUCUGUUUAGUGCAAGUGUACUUGAAAAUAACCUUGUCUUAACUAAAAAUAUUAUAUCUCCUUUGAUUGUGCCAGUUCGGGGGUUCAAAGAUAAAGACGUUUUGAGGUUGAGAUGUAAGGACUGCUACUUUAAAAAAAUUGAUGAUCGUUGGUAUGUUUUCUGUAACUCUUACGGUCGACAUAAACAGAGACAAAAACUCCCUGACCCGAGGUCGUACUGGAUUAUUACACAUAUGACACAUGGGCCAAGAAAAAAGUUUUGAUAACUUCUCCUGCUUCUAAUCUUUUGUUGUACUUUUAUUUAGGUUUUCAAUUAAUUGUUCUUUACAAUGGAUUAGAAAUAGAACUUCGUUUAUGUAACCGAACGCAAAUGGUAGUUCAGAUGUAUGAAUAGCGAUACGGCAUACAGUGAAGUGUUAUAUGGAAAAGUAAACAGUUUGUUUUAUA